UAUCAUACCAGGCCAUUAAGAGCGCUUCCCAGAGCAGAGAGGCGGAUGAACUCAGGACGGAGGCCAGGAGGAAAAACCUGCUGAUCCUUAUUAUGCAUUACCUUAUGGAGGAAGGUUAUGUGGACACAGCAAACACUCUAGAACAAGAAGCCAAAAUAAGUAUGAGACGCUUGGAGGUCUGUGACAACAUUGAUCUGGAGACCAUUUUAAUGGAGUACGAGAGCUAUUAUUUUAUUAAAUUCCAGAAGUACCCAAAGAUUACCAAGAAGACAUCAGAUAAUGACAGUAAACUUUACUCAAAGCCGCGGAGUGGAGGAAAACUGAGAAGAACAUCCAGUAAUAUUUAUCAGGGUCUUCCAAGAAUCACCUCCCAUAACAUUGUACAACGCCCGGUGUCCCGGACCAAUCCCAAGUUGACAGACAGACCACCCAAAGGAGAGAAUUCCAGACAGGAAAAUGGCAGCCACAGCCCAGCGGAAGUUGAGGUCGCCCUAAAUGUUUCUGCCAUAAACAGAAGCGGGGGAGAAGGUGCUUUACACAAGAGGGGACAGAUUAUUGAUUUUCGUGGCAUGAUACAAGAUGCGAUUAAAGGGGCGUCAAAUGAAAUUGCUAUGAACAGCUUAAACAGCAAUCCGGACCCUGCGGAACGUUUACUCAAACCGGUCAGUGCAUUUAUCGGGGCCAACAGCGAGAUGAGGGAACUGGCAGCAGUGAUCAGCAGGGAUAUUUAUUUACAGAACCCAAACGUAAGGUGGGAUGACAUCAUCGGGCUGGACGCAGCGAAGCGACUCGUGAAAGAGGCCGUGGUCUACCCUAUACGAUACCCACAGCUAUUCACUGGAAUCUUGUCACCAUGGAAGGGGCUUUUGCUGUAUGGGCCUCCAGGUACCGGGAAGACCUUACUCGCCAAAGCUGUGGCCACAGAAUGCAACACGACGUUUUUUAACAUCUCCGCCUCUACCAUCGUCAGCAAGUGGAGGGGAGACUCGGAGAAGCUUGUACGGGUUUUAUUUGAACUUGCCCGCUACCAUGCCCCCUCCACCAUUUUCCUGGAUGAGCUGGAGUCUGUGAUGAGUCGGAGAGGGACAGGACCGGGGGGUGAACACGAAGGCAGCCUGCGCAUGAAGACCGAGCUACUGGUACAGAUGGACGGCUUGUCUCGAUCAGACGACCUCGUGUUUGUUUUAGCCGCUUCCAAUCUGCCGUGGGAGCUGGACUAUGCUAUGCUAAGGCGGCUGGAGAAGAGGAUUCUGGUAGAUCUGCCCAGUAAAGAGGCGCGGGAGGUCAUGAUCCGUCACUGGCUGCCUCCCGUGAGCAACAGCGGAGGAGUGGAGCUGAGAACAGAGCUGCAGUACAGCACCCUGGGGGAGGAGACUGAUGGUUACUCUGGAUCGGACAUUAAACUGGUGUGUAAGGAGGCGGCUAUGAGGCCUGUGAGGAAAAUAUUUGAUGCACUGGAGAAGCACCAGCCAGGAAAUAAGGACAUGCCGGUCAUCCGUCUGGACACGGUCAACACAUCUGACUUCCAGGAGGUUUUAGCGCACACGAAGCCUUCCGCCAAGAGCCUGGCUGGGAAAUACAGCGCCUGGCAGAAGGAAUUCGAGUCUGUGUGAUGGACGUGUUACCCGACCAGCAAAGUAGGAGCAGACUGCCCGCGGACACUUCCCUU